AUGAUGAUGAGACACCUGGCAGCUAUUGGUGAAACGUAUGCCCAAACUGCCCUUGAAGAUGCUGCUUGGAACCUGUGGCAUGUAAAUCCUUCUCAGGCCAGCACAUCUACAUCCACUUCUUCUUCAAACAAUCCAAAUCCUUUCACAAGUACUGUAAGACACCAAGGAGGACACACUACUCGGGGUGGGGGUGGGUCCCUUAUCAGAACCAUGCCAACUCCACUUGUCCCGGAUGUUGACUUGUCAAACAUAAUCGCCAUGGUUGAAACCGUUCGUGAAGUCCUUCCCCAUGUCCCUGAUGAAUUAAUAUUACAGGGACAAUGGAGGUGGUCAAGUGAGACCAUGUUGCUUUUAUUGGGGUCUAGUGCUUAUAUUUGGGAGUUGGGACUGGAUAAUAAAGCUGUGGAAGAUUUUGAUGAUUGGAUUAAUUGGCUUACGUAUAAAGGUGGAGUUGGAGUGAAAGGAGACAAUAGUUGGGAAUCUUGGCGGGAUGAAGAACAGGCACAUAUCCAGAAAAUCAGAGGGCGUGUACUUGAAACUAUAUUGUGCUUGAGGUUCUUCAUAUUUCAAUACGAGAUAGUCUACAAGCUCCAGCUCACUGAAAAUCAUACAUUAUUAUUGAUAAGGAAGGUAGAUCUGACUUGGGACAUGGAGGCUGAUGAAGGAGACAAUUACACACAUAUUCCAGUAAGAAAUAGAGUUGGAUGA